UUGCUGUUUUUGCUGCUGCCACUGGCUCAGAGGACAGAGCAGCUCCCCUUCCAGCCCUGCAUCCUUGAUCUUGCCAUCCCGCUCCUCUUAAGUGGUGUGCUUUGGCCAACCUUCCUACUUCUGGACUAGGAAGAAAACAGCAACUCCACCAUGUCUAUUGAGAAGAUUCAUGCUCGUGAGAUCCUGGACUCUCGUGGGAAUCCCACUGUGGAGGUGGAUUUGUACACAGGAAAAGGCAUGUUCCGGGCAGCUGUUCCCAGCGGAGCCUCCACUGGGAUCUAUGAAGCUCUGGAGCUGCGUGACAACGACAAAUCCCGGUUCCUUGGAAAAGGGGUGCUGCAGGCAGUGGAGCACAUCAACAGCACUAUUGCCCCUGCCCUCAUGAGCGCUGGCCUCCCUGUGGUGGAACAGGAGAAGAUAGACAACCUCAUGCUGGAGCUGGAUGGAACAGAGAAUAAAUCUCAGUUUGGAGCCAAUGCCAUCCUGGGUGUUUCCUUGGCUGUGUGCAAAGCAGCGGCUGCAGAGAAAGAGGUCCCCCUGUAUCGGCAUAUUGCUGACCUAGCUGGAAAUUCAGAUUUGAUUCUGCCAGUACCUGCCUUCAAUGUAAUCAAUGGGGGCUCCCAUGCUGGGAACAAGCUGGCCAUGCAGGAGUUUAUGAUCUUGCCUGUUGGUGCUGAGAGCUUUCGGGAUGCCAUGCGCAUUGGUGCUGAGGUCUACCACAAUCUCAAGAGUGUUAUCAAGGACAAGUAUGGUAAAGAUGCCACCAAUGUAGGAGAUGAAGGAGGUUUUGCCCCGAACAUCCUGGAGAACAGUGAAGCACUGGAACUCCUAAAAGAAGCCAUUGAGAAAGCUGGCUACACUGAUAAAAUUGUAAUCGGCAUGGAUGUGGCUGCAUCAGAAUUCUACAGAGAUGGCAAAUAUGACUUGGAUUUCAAAUCCCCUGAUGACCCCAGCCGCUACAUCUCUGCUGAUGAGUUGGGUGACCUCUACCAGAGCUUUGUUCGGGACUAUCCAGUGGUGUCAAUUGAGGAUCCCUUUGACCAAGAUGACUGGGAGGCCUGGUCCAGGUUCACAGCAAAUGUAGGGAUUCAGAUAGUAGGGGAUGACUUGACAGUGACCAACCCGAGACGCAUCGAGCGAGCUGUUGAAGAGAAGGCCUGCAACUGUCUCCUGCUUAAGGUCAACCAGAUUGGAUCAGUCACUGAAGCCAUUCAGGCCUGUAAACUGGCCCAGGAGAAUGGUUGGGGAGUGAUGGUGAGUCACCGAUCAGGGGAGACUGAAGACACCUUCAUUGCGGACCUGGGGUGGGACUCUGUACUGGGCAGAUAAAGACUGGAGCGCCAUGCAGGUCCGA